AUGGCCAAUAACCCCAGCAAACCCCGCAGUUGCCACCGCUGCAACCAGAAGAAAAUCCGCUGCGACAAGACAUGCCCAUGCCAGCACUGCAUUCAAUCAGACACAGACUGUAUCUUCCCUCCACCUGGUCGUGCACCGCGUCAGAGAAAGCGACCGCUUAAAGCGGAGCUGAAUGCGCGAUUGAGGGAUUUGGAACAGGAGGUGCAGAGGCUCAACACAGCCGAUGACGACAUUGUACAGUCUGAGCAGGACGAACAGAUUGAUCCUACUAGAGCAACGAUUAAUCAAGAGGAACGGCAGUUUGGGAGGUUAAUUUCUGGGGAUAGAAGUAGUCGAUAUAUCAGCCACCAGGCGUUGACGAGUUUAGGGGAUCAGAUUAACGAAUUGAAAGAUAUUCUCGACUCAUCUGAGGAUGAAUCAGAUCAAGAAGAGUAUCAUUCUCCAUUUAUUCUAGGCUAUCACUCGCUGGCCGAGUCUCUGUCUGAAUAUCAUCCUGAUUCCAUCACCAGCCAGCAAUUAUGGAAGGUCUAUGAAGCAAAUGUAUCCCCAUUACUCCCAAUCUUCCACAUCCCAACUCUCAGGAUGCUCAUGCGAAAAGCAUCAACCAACUCUGAACACCUUGACAAAGUAUCAGAGGCACUCGUCUUUGCUGUCUACUAUUCCGCAGUAACCAGCAUGAAACCAGAUGAUUGCCAAUCUUUUCUUGGACACGACAAAACCAGUAUAGUCCAACACUACCGUUUCGCAACGGAGCAGGCACUGUCAAGAGCAGACUUCGUUCAUGCUAGGAGUAUACAAAUUUUGCAGGCGAUGCUCCUCUUUCUCAAUUGUAUACGAGACACCGAGCUCGUCUGGGUGAUGACAGGAAUGAUCCAUCGCCUGGCUCAACGACUUGGUCUUCAUCGCGAUGGCAGUAACUUUGGAUUAAGUCCAUUCGAAACAGAAAUACGACGUCGGCUGUGGUGGCAUAUCUAUCUCCUCGACACGGUGUCGACGGAGUAUAACGCGAUAAACAUGCAAAUACCACCGGGGGGUUACGACACGCGGCUUCCAUUAAAUAUAAACGAUGAAGAGAUGUGUCCCGACUCAGCAGAGAUCACAGAAAGAGUGGGAUUUACCAGCAUGACCUUCUUUCUCAUUCGAUGCGAGAUUACAAUCAUGUUUCGCCAGCUUCAGCAAUCUCCAUCUCCAUCGUUAGAUGAAUACGAAACCUCUCUCAACGAUAUAAGCGCAAAACUCGAGAACCGCCAUCUUCAAUUCUGCAAUCUCUCUAUCCCAAUUCAAUGGGCCUCUGCAACGAUAGCUAGGAUCGCACUGGCAAGAGCAUGGCUCAUCCCUCAUUUCUCAGCAAUAGACACAGCCAUCUUCCAAGAAAAGCGGGAUAAACUCCUCAUCACCGCCACGGAGGUUGUUGAAUUUGCCUAUCUACUCGAAACGAACGAAAAUACAGCCCAGUGGUCGUGGUUCUUUGAGGGCUUCGUACAGUGGCAUGCCUUUGCGUUCGUGCUAUCAGAACUCUGUGUUCGACCUAUCUGUCCCAUUACAGAACGAGCGUGGGGUGUUGCUCAGAUGGCGUAUGCUGCCUGGGAAGGGAGAAUGCAGAAUGGCAUGUUCUGGAAGCCGAUAUCCAAGCUGAUGAAGAAAGUUACGACGAUGAGAGGAAGUGGCGAAGAUACAACGAUGAUGUUCAACGACAUUCUGGCCGAGAUGGGCCUCGCAUUAACAUGA